AUGGUCCAGCACUUAAUCAAGAGUAAAUUUAAGGUGCAAUCACAAUUGACCAAGAAGCUGCCAAUGAGUGCGAAUAGAGCCGGAAAGUCCCUUACAAAGUACAAAAUUGUAUUUUUGGGUGAACAAGGGGUGGGGAAAACCUCUCUGAUAACCAGAUUUAUGUACGACACAUUUGAUGACCAUUACCAGGCUACAAUAGGCAUAGACUUUCUGUCAAAAACGAUGUAUCUCGAUGACAAAACUAUAAGACUGCAAUUGUGGGACACUGCAGGACAGGAACGUUUCAGAUCGCUGAUUCCAUCAUACAUACGCGAUUCCCACGUGGCAAUUGUGGUUUACGAUGUCACAAACAAGAAGUCAUUCGAAUACAUCGAUAAAUGGGUAGAAGAUGUGAAAUCAGAGCGUGGGGAAGAAAACGUUGUUCUUUGUAUCGUGGGAAAUAAAAACGAUCUUUCCGACGAACGACAGGUGUCUACAGAAGAAGGAGAGCGUAAAGCACAAGUUUUGAACGCCAAAAUUUUUAUCGAGACAUCCACUAAAGUUGGCUUUAACGUUAAAAAUCUGUUCAGGAAGAUAGCUAAAACUUUACCAGAGUUCCAGAAGUCUGACAGCGUUCCGCUGGAUGACAAUGCCACUAAGAACAAGCCCGAUGUAAUUGACAUCACAACAAAUGAAGAACAAGAACAAUCAAGUUGCCAGUGCUAG